AUGUCGAACGCAAAUUCGAAUCAAUCACGAGAACGAAGUGCAGAGAAUAGUAUCGAACAAGCACAGAAUAAUGUGACACCAGUAGCUGAACAAAAUAAUAAUCCUCCAGCUCGGCCACGACCAUCAGCAUGGGAAGUGAUCAAAUCAUUCGCUUUUCAAAUGUUGGUGUUCUAUUUUAUUACAAGUUUCUUUCGUCGUUCAGCAACAAAUAACACAACUGGACAAACACCAGCACCAGCACAUCCUAAUACUGGAUUUCCACCAGGAAAUCUCUUCGCCAAUGGAGAUUUACUCGAUAUAUACCUGUUCAUUAACGAAGAAGAAAUCUAUACACACGACCCAUUGAGAAGACCUCAGUGGGAAGUUGAUGGAUUAAAAUAUGGAGAUUGGUCAUCAAAUGGCACUUAUACGAAAUUUAUUGAAUUUCCGAUAUCAAAAAAUGUACAAAAUAAUGGAUCGCUUUAUUUACACGUUGUAGCAACGAAACAUGGAUAUUCAAUUGAUCCGACCGAGCGAGAACCUCAUACACCGCAAUAUGUAUUCUCUAAAAGCAAACGUUUGAACAAGUAUAAGAAGAAAGUUUAUAAAAAAACAAAGAAUCUUCUCACAGGAAGCACGGAACAAGACGAAGAAUAUCAAAAGAAAGCUGAUGACAAAAUUGUUGAACUCUUAUCUCAUUGGCAUCCGAAUAUGACGAUCAAUUUACUCGAUGAUCAUACGGGAUGGGUCAGAGGCAGUAUUCCAUCGCCAAUGGAUAAAUUUGUUGAAUUUGAACCAUAUACAGGCAAAUACUAUCCGGUAAUUUAUUUGAAUGACUAUUGGAAUCUUCUUUCGGAUUAUUAUCCAGUUAACGAUACAAUCAAUGCACUUAAUCUAACAGUCACUUUGGCACCAAUACAAUUGUGGAAAUGGCAAAUGUAUAUAUCACAAAAUUUACGGCAAUCAUGGUAUGGAAAUUUGUUGGGUGAGGAAGAAAAUGAAGAAGAUCAAGAUGCAAUGAAACGUACAUUCAUCGAAACAAAUCCAUAUCUGCUCGUUAUUACCAUCGUCGUAUCAAUAGUUCAUACAGUUUUUGAAAUCCUAGCAUUUAAAAAUGAUAUUCAAUUUUGGCGUACACGAAAAUCUCUCGAAGGUCUAUCUGUUCGAAGUGUUUUCUUCAAUAUAUUCCAAAGUCUAAUCGUUUUACUCUACGUCUUUGACAAUGAUACGAAUACCAUGGUUCGUAUUAGUGUUUGUAUCGGUAUUCUUAUUGAAUUAUGGAAAGUACCAAAGAUUCUCAACUUUCAACGUGUGCCAAACGAAACAUAUCUCGGUUUUAUUCCAAAAUACAAAUACAUUUAUAAAGAAUCGUACACAGAAACGUCUACAUCCGAAUACGAUCGAAUGGCUUUUAAAUAUCUGUCAUGGGCAUUAUUUCCAUUAGUACUUGGCUAUGCAUGCUAUCUACUGAUGUAUCAUGAACAAAAAAGUUGGUACUCCUUCUGUUUAGGUACAAUCUAUGGAUUUCUAUUAACAUUCGGUUUCAUUAUGAUGACCCCUCAAUUAUUUAUUAACUAUAAAUUGAAAUCUGUUUCACAUCUACCAUGGCGUAUGAUGACAUACAAAGCAUUAAAUACAUUUAUUGAUGAUUUAUUUGCUUUUGUUAUUAAAAUGCCGACCAUGUAUCGACUUGGAUGCCUUCGUGAUGAUAUCAUAUUUUUCAUCUAUCUUUAUCAACGGUACAUCUAUCCAGUUGAUCGUACGCGUCUUAAUGAAUAUGGUACAACUGGUGAGACGGAUUCUGCCGUUGUACCAGCUGUCGAACAAUCUCCAAUAAUUGAUGAGAUUCAAUCAACAUCAGCAGCAUCAUUUGCGUGUCUUAACACACUACUAUCUACUGCAACAUCCACCAUGGUGCACAUGAAUGUCCUUGCCGACGCGCUCAAAUCAAUCAAUAAUGCUGAAAAACGCCACAAACGUCAAGUCAUUAUCCGACCAUGUUCAAAAGUCAUCAUCAAAUUUCUUACUGUGAUGAUGAAACAUGGUUACAUUGGCGAAUUCGAAGUUGUUGAUGAUCAUCGUAGUGGUAAAAUUGUCGUUAACUUGAAUGGUCGCUUGAAUAAAUGCGGUGUGAUCAGUCCGCGUUUUGAUUGUCCCAUUCGUGAUAUUGAAAAUUGGACAAAGAAUCUUCUACCAUCACGUCAGUUUGGAUAUGUUGUUUUAACAACAUCACAUGGCAUUCUAGAUCACGAAGAAGCUCGACGAAAGCAUACAGGUGGUAAAGUGCUUGGAUUUUUCUUCUAA